GCUUGGAACUUGCUGCCACUGUCAGCUGCUGACUGGAGGCACCACAACGACAAAUACACUUUGGUAGAGCCUUAAAUAAUAUGUCUGUUAUUAAAAUAUAGGUAGGCGUCGGUUUAUGACUACUUUCUCACAUAUUAUCACAAAAAAAAUUCCACAUAACUAAAUCCACUCCAGCGCUUUCGAGAGAAAAUCCGCAGACAACUCCGUGUUUGUUUAAACGCUGGAAUCCAUUUUGGUUGACCAACAGUUUAACUCCCGGAAACGCCGGUCCAGCGCCUCAAGCAUGUAAACAAGAGCAGAAGUGACAACCCUUUAAGUUGUAUGGAGGGGAAAUUAGUAGUUAGUAUUUCGUGAAGUUAAAAGCAACAUAAAGUGAACUUUAAACGGUAAGCGCCCAUCUAGUGCCUUUUUAGAUCCUAUUUCAAUUGUUUGCUUCCGGUAGUUAAGCUACAUUAACUGCCCCGGCUACUGCAGAGCUAACAUCAGUUAGCGUUAGCAUAGCGCUGAUGUUAACCCACGUGCCAGUGUGUUUUGAAUGUUUACAUACCAACCUUAGAAUUACAUAUCAUAGAAAAAAGUACCCGAAUCAGGCAGUUUAAUGUCCAAAAGUCAGGUGUUAUUAAGAAUACGAUGCGGUAAGUUGAAUGAACCAUUAGCCUGCUUGAUAGCAGCACACUGAGCCGUCGUUGGGUGGUGCUGUUCAGCUGCUCCUCUCAGGCUGCACUAUGGACUAUGUUAAGGAAAAUGAACAUGCUGAUGAUGAGGAGCGCGGCAAAGAAUACCUCUUCUUUGUCGAGGGGUCCAGUAGUUCCGAUAACGAAGAAGAGCUCAGGUUAACUCCCCAGAAACAUUCCAGCAGCUGUAAACAAGCUUCACGGCUUAGCAGAGAAAGCUCCCCUCCGCUCGUCCUGGCGUUCACCACCACCUCUGGACGGAUGCUGCAAGACAGCAGCCAAAGUCCCGCUUCCAGUUUGGAGUUACAGGAGGAGCAGGAGGAGGACAGGGAGCAGCCCAUCGAGGAGUGGAUGAUCCUGGAUGGAGAGGAGCAGGUGGGAGAUUCAAGCAUCCAGCUCAAUCUGAGCUACUGGACCAGCUCUGAGGAUGACUCUGGAGACGAAGAUGAGAAGUUGAAAUCAGUUAAGGAUACCUGGGCUGUAUCAGAGAAGGACAAGUACGGUGCUGAUCUGUCCCUCCCCGCCCGCUAUUUCGUGCCCGGUCGUUUUGUCGUCUGUAACAUCUGCAACAGGACAGGACACCUUGCAAAAAGCUGUUACUACCACAAGAAAUGUCCCAUCUGCGUCCUCUGUGGAAUCCAGGGCCACAUCCAGAGGGACUGUCCGGGCCGCCCCUGCCCCAGCUGUGGCCUACCUUCACAUGGCCUCAGGCCCUGUGAAAGGCCCCCGCUGUGGAACCAACACUGCCAGCGCUGUGGUGUGGCAGGGCACCUCUCUGAUGCCUGCCCUGAUACAUGGAGACAGUACCACUUGACAGUCCGGUUAGAGGCUCCACACAGACCACAUAGAGUCCACACCCCAAAACAUAUGAAGUGUACUGCCCAUUGUUACAACUGCUCUGAGACGGGACAUUAUGGAUAUGAGUGCACCAAGAGGAGGAUGAUCAGUGGGACUUCUGCUUUACUACCCUACGUUUGCUACUAUGACACCAUAGAGGACAUCCUCAAUUGUCGUACCAGGAUGAAGAAAAGAGCAAAAGAGCGUGUGAGUGCCGGAUCCCUGCCUCUUGCAGACCAGCAGCACUUCGAAUGGACGGGGGAGAGCGGUGAGGAGAACCAGCCGGUUCAGGGGAGCAGCAGGGCAAAGCAGGAGAUGUUUAGCCGGGCGGGCAGGAGGAAGACGUGGCCAGAGAGGCGCAGAGAGAGACGGGAGGUGAAGAGGCUGAGGAGAGAGGCUCAAGCCAGACGUGAAGGAGGACUACUGGGGAGAUCUCGGGAGAGCUUUGAUGGUUAUGUUUUCCCCACAGACCCCUUUAGGUCCUCACCCUACAGUCCAAAGCAGUCCACACCCCCUCCACAGAAAAAGAGGAGGGAUGAGGAAGGUGGCAGAAAGAGCAAGAAGAGCAAAGAGGCAGAGCGGUGGAAGAAAAGAGGAGGUGUAAAACGUGGGGAAUUAUAUCCCCAUGGUGACAUAGACAUCGGUAGUGAAAACCUUCUUUCUCCAAAACAAAGAGUACGCCAUCGAAGGAGAUAAAGUGUGAAUGUGUUUUAUUUUUAUUUUCAAGUUGUAACAAAUUUAGAUUUUGUAUAUGUCUUUGACCACUUCCUUUAUUUAUUGUAACUAAAAACUGUAGAAUAGCAUAUACAGUUGAAAGAUUCUCAUCUUCAGUGUAGCUGGAAUGAAUGUACACUACUGAAAUUUACUUAGAGAUAUUGGGAUAUUUCAGUGUUUUGCUUGAUUGAUUAUUCUGUAACAUAUCUGUUUUUUUUGUCUGUGUUUUGUGAAUGUUUUUGGUCCCCAAAAAUAAUGGAACACUUCAUUUGACUUUUAUUGCAUGUCCAUGAACAUGCACAUAAACACCUAUAUCCCAAUAUUCCUAACUAAUUUUGAGUAGUGUACUAACUUUGUUCUGCAUAAACAACUACAUGUUUUCAAAGUACAGUGUUUUGGAAUAUGUUUUUACACAAUAUACCUGCAACUUGCUUCAUAUAUUGUUUUGUAGGGGAUGGUUUCUCUCCCAAAUAUGGUGCUAGUUUUGCAGGAACAGAAUUGUCUAUCAUUGCAAUACUUGAAAUGAGGUUGCAGGUACAGGACUGUGAUUGGUCUUUGUAGAGAAUAACAUUUAGCUUGUAAAGACGACAAUAAACACAAUUUCCCAGAUAACCUCA